UGAAGCCCAUUAUUGGAGCCCAAAAAGAAAAACCAAUUGGAUCGAAACGCGCGCAAAGAUACACACUAAGCACUCUCUCUCUUGAUCAUUGUCUCUGCUGUGGAUCUUCAUCGGCAACUUCCUUCCCUGUCUGACAGAUCUUGUGUCCGUUGAAAAGCAAGAUGUCGGGGCAAACGCAGCGUCUGAACGUGGUCCCCACCGUCACGAUGCUGGGAGUGGUGAAGGCGCGUCUGGUGGGAGCCACGCGCGGCCACGCGCUCCUGAAGAAGAAGAGCGAUGCGCUCACGGUGCAGUUCCGCCAGAUCCUGAAGAAGAUCGUGACCGCGAAGGAGUCCAUGGGCGACAUCAUGAAAACCUCGUCGUUCGCGCUCACUGAGGCCAAGUACGUCGCCGGUGACAAUAUCAAACACGUGGUCCUCGAGAAUGUCCGGGAAGCCUCUCUCCGCGUCCGCUCGCGCCAGGAAAACGUUGCCGGUGUCAAGCUCCCCAAGUUCGAGUACACCUCCGACGCUGACGCCAACAAGAACGACCUCACCGGACUGGCGCGGGGGGGCCAGCAGGUGCAGCAGUGCCGCGCCGCCUACAUCAAGGCCAUCGAGGUUCUCGUCGAGCUCGCCUCGCUUCAGACCUCGUUCCUCACUCUCGAUGAGGCUAUCAAGACCACGAACCGUAGGGUUAACGCUCUGGAGAAUGUGGUGAAGCCGCGGUUGGAGAAUACGAUUAGUUACAUCAAGGGGGAGUUGGAUGAGCUCGAGAGGGAAGAUUUCUUCAGGCUGAAGAAGAUUCAGGGGUAUAAGAAGAGGGAGAUUGAGAAGCAGAUGCUGUUGAAGAAGGUUGAGUCUAAUUUACCUCUGCACAAAGCGGUUUCUUACAAUUCCUCUAAUCUGUUGGCUGUGGGUGACAAAGAUGAGGAUAUUAUCUUCUGAAUGUGGUUCCAUCCGCUGCUGCUUCUGCUGGGUGAGAGUUCUCUGCUAUUGUUUAGGCACAGUUUUCUGUAUCAUGAAUAAAGGUUCUUAGUAUAUGUUUAUUUAUUUCUUUCUUCAUUAAUUCGAGACGUCAUCGAUUUAAAGUAUGGUUCUUAUCAUUCGAUCUUAUGGAAGCUUUUGAACUUGCUGUGAGUAGCUGUAAUUUCGUUUCGAAAUAUAUUACAUCUCCAUAGAGUUGUGGGCAUUGUGGAAA